GUAUCGGAAAUAUUUUCUAAACAAAAAGAAAAUAUAAUAUAGUGCCAGUUCCGCCUAUUCUCAAACUACGAGAGCAUGUUUCCAGCCUUAGGUACGAACGAAUUGAAAAGCUAUUUAUUUCGGCGGCAACUUCUUUGUGAAUUCUUCGGGACAUUUGUGCUGAUGCUGGUGCGGAAGACGGUUAGUACGGUGGAGGACACACAAUGGGCCGUAACGAAAAUUUCAUUCGCUCACGGACUGACUGUUGCUGCCUUAACCAAAUUAUUCGGUCGCAUAAGCGGCUGCCAUAUCAACCCUGCGGUUUCGAUCGCAUUUUUCGUUGUCGGUGAAAUGAGCACGUUACGUCUAUUCUUCUAUAUUAUCAUGCAAUUGUUGGGCGCAAUUUCAGCAGUAUUUACGUACACAUUGUAUGCUUUCGCCAAUUCGAAUGCAAUUCAAGARCCUACUGCAUUGGAAGACUGGCAAAUAAUAUUACUGGAACUUAUACUCACAACCAUGUUCGUAAUGCUGUUUCGUACAAUGGCAGACGUACAACACCGCAGUCAACGGAGUUCCGCUUCUAUGGCCAUAGGGUUCGCCUACACCGCAUGUCUUUUGAGUGGCACCUCUAUAUCGGAGGUGGCCCUGAACCCGUUUCUGCAUUUCGCUUCUGGACCGAAUAUAUUUGCUGGCAAUUUUACACCGGCCAUUGGAUCAACUCUGGGUGGCAUUUUUGGAGCACUGACCUAUGAGGCCUUAUACAUGCCGUAUAAUCGAGAACCGCGUACAUCGAGCCUUUUCGAUUGGCUACGCGGUACUCCAUCAGCAGAAAGCAAAUCAAAUCAAUCUCGUUUGUAGAUUACACUUUCAUUCAUUAUUAUUCUUUAAU